AUGACGAACGAUCCGAUACACGAUUCGCCCAAUGCGAAUGUGCUGGCCCUGCCUGCGCAAGGGGAGCACAUGCAGCAUGCGCUGGAAGACGAGGCUGCGGCCGAGGUCGACGAACCCCCCGAUAAUAAUCACUUAGAUCAAUCUGGAAACCAAUUCAAGAGGAGUGCAAUUCGAAAAGUAGCAGAUCAUUCCGAAUCUCUGCUAACGAAGGCACUUCAUCACUCGGAGGAAGAGACAAUUAAUUUGACCUUCCAUACCACUCAGAGACGCCGAUCUAUGAAUAGCAGCGUCAGCCUCGCAUCAACGGCCGACCUUACCAGCGAUACUGGCUUUACAAGCCCCGCACGCACAAACACACCUAGCCCACCACCACCUGUAAUAUCACUCGCCCGGCUGAACCCGGAUUACUUCCUCGACACAAAACCGCUAUUUGCUCCACUUCACGAUAACCAACAAAUUCCCCCAGUGGCCCGAUUACAGGAGCCAAUGGGAAUCCACGAAGAGACAAGUGACCCUACAUUGGAAGCUUUGACCAAGAAGCGCUGCAUAUCAUUUGCAUGCGGGCCGAAAGCUGAUACGAAGAAAUCGGUGUCUCCGCCACGGCCAGUUGAAAGUAAGCCAGCAGCCGAGGAGAAGCCGCAGAGAAAAUCGUGCAUAAAAUUUGCUUGCCCUGCGAAACCCGUGCAGCGGAUGCCGCCGCAGGCCGAUGCUCAGCAGACAGUGGAUACACCUGCUAAAGAAUCGGUGAAGGAAAGAGACGGAUCCCCUGCCACUGUGCGCAAACUCCGAUCAUCUUCAGCUGGUCGUGGUCGAUCGCAAAGAUCGUUGACCCCACGACCCUCGGCUCGAAGCCCAAUUGCGGUUCGUUCGGCCAAGUAUUUGGCUGCAAACUCAAGCGACUUGAAUAGCGAAUGCUCUCGUUUUCACGAAUUCGCCAGUGAUGAGCCACAAGAGGAAGAUUGGAUUCGUCUUAACCAGCCUGCACCUGGUCGUAGAUUGACUAUCAAUGAUACUCUUCAGAAGGAAAAUGAGAUUCGACGGCUAGGAAAGGAGGCGGAAGAAGAAGAACUUGAAGAGGAAGAGGAGCUCGAGGAGGAGGAAGAAGAAGAAGAGGACGACGACGAUGAGGUUGAUCGCCCAGACGACAUCGCAGAGGAAGACGAAGCAGAGGAUGGUUACGAUAUCGACAAUCAAUCGGGCUACGGGUCUGACGACGAUUUUUCAGAUGGUUACAAUACCGAUAAUGAAAUCGGCUUUGCGGAUUCUGAUGACGAUGAGGAUGGCGGAAAUCUAGAAUUAUGGACACCUAGCCGUGGCCCGGUUCUUCAAUUCUCAGGGAGCACACCCAUUUACCGUCGACCAUCCGUCAAUGGUAACCGGUCUGAUUCAUCUUCCUCUUCUGAAAUGCCCAAUACCCUCACCAAGGUAAUGCCUCGACGCAUCAAGAUGCGUCCUGGCACUCCUGAACUACCCGACAGCACCGACUUCGUUUGUGGUACCUUGGAUGAGGACCGUGCGCUGGAAGAUGCUUAUAUCUCGUGCAUCGCCGCUAGACGACGAGAAAAGCUUCACCCAAUCCCUCAAGACAUUGACCCUAGUUUCCCUACCUCUGAGCCAGAAGAUGAUGAGGAUGACGAGCCGGACCAUACUCACGAGAGCGAUGAUGAUUUGUCUGACGAUCUACUAUACGACAGGGAGAAUGGUGUUGGACGUCGAAAGAAGAGGACUGGCAACACCUCCCCAAAACGAUAUCAUUCCCCUCCCCCUAAACGUCAUCACUCACCUCCAAAGGCUCGAGGUCGGUCGCCCAAGCGUCUGUUUGAUAGGCAAUCACCUCGUCGAUUCGCCUCGCCACUCCCGAGGCCAGUAGUACGAUCACCACCCUCUUCCCUAGUUCUUGACGCAAAACGUGGAGAGCACGAGUUCAAGAGCCUUGCUUUCCGGCCUGGUUUGACGCAUACAAAGUCACUGCCACGUGCGCCGGCAAUGUUCCCGCAACAUCUGAAGACUCAUCGCCGACCAGGAAAGCCUUCCAAUGUACCUUCGAAUCGUCAUGUACGUGGUGCCAUCGAUAUCGUCAAGGGUCUCGAGCAGAAGCGCCAGCGUCGAAAGGAGAAAUUUAAGGAGAAGUACCUCCAGAAGCAUACAAACAAGGCGCGGAAAGGCCAGGUCACCGAGAAACGGCCACAGCCUGGCCAAGGAGCAGAAAGGAUGCGAGAAAUCGGACUUCUGAUGGCUGGAAAGUUAGGCCCGGACCAAUUCGUCCUGUCCAUUUAG